AUGCCUGGUGGAUACAAAGGAGAAUGUGGGGACAAUGUGGACCCAAUGCCCUUCCUGGCACCUCCGGAAAAGGAGAGGAUCGAAGCCAUGAACAAGCCCUAUGACAUCAAGAAGUCCUGCUGGGUCAAAGACGAGAAAGAGGGCUUCAUUGCUGGGGAGAUCCAGUCUGAACAGGGUGAGCAGGUCACCGUGAAGACAAUCAACAACCAGACUGUCACUUUGAAGAAGGAUGAUGUCCAGCAGAUGAACCCACCAAAAUUCUAUCAAGCCAGUGACAUGGCGGACAUGACUUUCUUGAAUGAGGCCAGCGUCCUGAACAAUCUGCGCCAACGCUACACCAACAUGAGGAUCUAUGUAUUCUUCCGAGCUGGCAUCCUGGCUAAGCUUGAGGACAUGCGGGACGAGCGGCUGGCCAAGAUCAUGACAAUGUUACAGUGUCGCAUCCGGGGUUUCCUUAUGAGGAUCGAGUUCAAGAAGAUGCUGGAACGAAGAAUCGGCCUGAAAGUCAUCCAGCGGAACACACGCAAAUUCCUGGAGCUGCGUUUCUGGGGCUGGUGGAAGCUCUACAAUAAGGUCAAGCCGCUCCUGAACGUGGCUCGGCAAGAGGAGGAGAUGAAGGCCAAGGAGGAGGAGCUGAGGAACGCCAUGUCCAAGACACAGGAGCUGAUAAACAGGGUGAAGGAGCUGGAGGAGAAGAUCGCCACGCUCAGCCAGGAGAAGAAUGACCUCACCAUCCAGCUACAGGCCGAGCAAGAGAACCUGAUAGAUGCUGAGGAGCGCCUGACCCAGAUGAUGAAGACCAAAAUGGAGCUGGAGAGCCAGAUUUCCGACAUGCGGGAGCGGCUGGAGGAAGAGGAAGGCACGACGGCCUCCCUGAGUGCCACCAAGCGCAAGCUGGAGGGGGAGAUGAGCGACCUCAAGCGGGACCUGGAGGGCCUUGAGACCACACUGGCCAAGACAGAGAAGGAGAAGCAGGCCCUGGAUCACAAGGUCCGCACCCUGACUGGGGACCUCUCGCUGCGGGAAGACUCCAUCGCCAAGCUCCAGAAGGAGAAGAGGGCCUUGGAGGAGCUACACCAGAAAACCCUCGACGACCUGCAAGCUGAGGAGGACAAGGUGAACCACCUGACCAAGACCAACAGCAAGCUCAGCACCCAGAUCCAUGAGCUGGAGGAUAACUGGGAACAAGAAAAGAAAAUCCGGGCAGAGGUGGAAAAGGCUCGUCGCAAAGCUGAGAGUGACCUGAAGAUGACCAUUGACAAUCUCAAUGAGAUGGAACGAUCCAAACUAGACCUCGAGGAGGUGGUGAAAAAGAGGGAUAUGGAAAUCAAUUCUGUCAACUCUAAAUAUGAGGAUGAGCAGUCUCUGAAUUCCACACUCCAGCGGAAACUAAAGGAACACCAGGCCCGAAUUGAGGAGCUGGAGGAAGAACUGGAAGCUGAGCGGGCAAUGAGAGCCAAGGUGGAGAAACAACGCAGUGACCUGUCCCGGGACCUCGAAGACCUCAGUGACAGGCUGGAAGAGGCUGGGGGAGCCACGUCUGCUCAGAUUGAGCAGAACCGCAAGCGGGAGGCAGAGCUGCUAAAGCUAAGGAGGGAGCUGGAGGAGGCGGCCCUGCAGAGCGAGGCAGCGGCCUCCACACUGCGCAAGAAGCACACGGACUCCAUGGCUGAGCUGACCGAGCACGUGGAGAACCUGCAGAGGGUCAAGUCCAAGCUGGAGAAGGACAAGCAGGUCAUGAAGGCUGAGAUCGACGACCUCAAUGCCAGCAUGGAGACUGUGCAGAAGUCUAAGAUGAAUGCUGAGGCCCACAUCCGAAAGCUGGAAGACAGCUUAGCAGAAGCCAACGCCAAGGUGGCUGAGCUGGAGCGAAACCAGGCAGAAAUCAAUGCCAUCAGGACCCGCCUGCAAGCUGAGAAUGGGGAGCUGAGCCGGGAAUACGAAGAAUCCCAGAGCCGGCUCAACCAAAUCCUGCGAAUAAAGACAUCACUGACGUCGCAGGUGGACGAUUACAAGAGGCAGCUGGAUGAGGAAUCCAAGUCUCGCAGCACGGCCAUGGUGAGUCUCGCCAACACCAAGCAUGACCUAGACCUGGUGAAGGAGCAGCUGGAGGAGGAGCAGGGAGGAAAGUCAGAGCUGCAGCGCCUCGUGUCCAAGCUCAACACUGAGGUGACCACCUGGAGGACCAAGUAUGAGACCGAUGCCAUCCAGAGGACCGAGGAGCUGGAGGAGACCAAGAGGAAAUUGGCCGCCAGGCUCCAGGAAGCAGAAGAGACAGCUGAAGCCGCCCAAGCCCGGGCUGCCUCCCUCGAGAAAAAUAAACAGCGACUCCAGGCAGAAGUCGAGGACCUCACCAUCGAUUUGGAGAAGGCGAACGCUGCAGCCGCCGCCUUGGACAAGAAGCAGCGGGUCUUUGACAAGAUGCUGGCCGAGUGGCAGCAGAAGUGCGAAGAGCUGCAGGUGGAGGUAGACAGUUCGCAGAAGGAGUGCCGCAUGUACAUGACAGAGAGCUUCAAGAUCAAGACUGCCUAUGAGGAGUCCCUGGAGCACCUGGAGUCGGUGAAGAAGGAGAACAAGACUCUGCAGGAGGAGAUAAAGGAACUGAUUGAUCAACUGGGUGAGGGAGGACGGAGUGUGCAUGAGCUGCAGAAGUUGAAGAAAAAAUUGGAGAUUGAGAAGGAAGAACUCCAGGUGGCCUUGGAGGAAGCUGAGUCUUCCCUGGAGGUUGAAGAGAGCAAGGUGAUUCGAAUUCAGCUGGAACUGGCUCAGGUGAAAGCUGACAUCGACCGGAGAAUCCAUGAGAAAGAAGAGGAAUUUGAAGCUACGAG